UCAACCACCAGAAGCCGGUCUCGGAGCUUCUCCCUCUUUUCUCUCUCUAGAAGGACCCCAUAGGUAGUAGAAGACAGCUAGGCUGAAAGGGUGGACGCUAACGUGCACCGGAGGUGGCGGGCUGGCGAAGCUUUUCUUUUUGUUUUGUUUUGUUGAUUUUUUUUUUUUUUUUUUAUACUAAUUUCACAGUCUAACCCGUCACCAUUAGAUGGCCGGACUUCGCCGUGUUUUUUAGCAGCUCAGAUGCUUUAUAGAUAAGUUGCACCUCCGGUGCGCACCGUAAUUAUUAGAAAAUUAUAGAUUUUUUUUUUUUUUUCAUUUUGGAUAUGAUUUGAAUUAGUUUGCGAUCUGUAAAUGGGGUUUUCGAAAUUAGACGCUUUAGUUUUAGCAGUAAAUAGAAAAAUUUUCUAUAUAGAGGUUCUAUAAGACUAGAUGUUUAGGGGUUUGAGCUGAACCCUAACCAUUUUUUUUCUUUUUUUUUUUUUAAUUUUAUUUUGUAUAUUUUCUAUGAACGUAUAUGUAUAUUGCUUAAUUGUUCUUUGAAAAGCGAUGAUGGAGAAGAAUGAGAUUGUGAAGACUGGAGAUGGGUUCAUAGAUAGAAGUAAAGUUAGGAUUUUACUGUGCGAUAAUGAUUCCAAGAGCUCUGAGGAGGUUUUCACGCUAUUGUGCAAAUGUUCUUAUCAAGUGACUUCUGUGAGGUCACCCAGACAGGUGAUCGAUGCAUUGAAUGCAGAAGGGCCUGAUAUUGAUAUUAUACUUUCUGAAGUGGACCUUCCGAUGUCCAAAGGGCUGAAGUUGUUGAAAUACAUUAUGAGGGAUAAGGAGUUAAGGCGAAUUCCAGUUAUCAUGAUGUCAUCUCAAGAUGAGGUUUCUGUUGUCGUUAAGUGCUUAAAAUUGGGAGCUGCAGAUUACCUUGUGAAGCCCCUCCGCACUAAUGAACUAUUGAACUUGUGGACUCAUAUGUGGAGAAGAAGGCGAAUGCUUGGACUAGCAGAGAAGAACAUUCUAAAUUAUGACUUUGAUUUGGUAGUAUCAGACCCGAGUGAUGCUAACACAAACAGCACUACACUCUUCUCAGAUGACACAGAUGAAAAGUCCCGGAAAAGCAUAAAUCUGGAAACUGGUCCCUCUACUCAACAGGAAGAUGAGACCAAUGCCAUAACAAAUGCUGCCUCCCCAGAGACUCUAGUCAUUGGUUCAUUUGAGUGUCUGCCGGAUGUUCCUGGAAGUAGUGACCGAAAAACAGGAAAAAUCUGUUCAUUUCCAAAGAAGAGUGAAUUGAAAAUAGGCGAGUCUUCUGCAUUCUUUACAUAUGUCAAGUCAAGCAUGCCCAAGAGCAAUGACCAAGUUACUGUCCGUGAAAACGUGACUUAUCAUUCAAGGAUCAAUGAGGGUGGGAAUGUGGAUAUUGAAUCCAAAGAACGGGCCAAUGGUGAUGCAAUCGAAAAUCAUUCACAAGGAGAUGGCUAUCCGAGCAGUAACAGUAUUCCCGAUUCCCUCUCUAUGGAAAGGUCUUGUACUCCACCUUUAUCGAUGGAAUUCCCGCAACAAAGGAUGGAGGAGUUCUCCAAGGUGCAUAUGCAUCCAACAAACGAGUCUCACCACGACAUUUCAGGUUAUCAUGCCCAUGCCCAUGCUGCUUAUCCACCGUAUUACAUUCCAAGGAUAAUGAAUCAAGUUAUGAUGCCCUCUUCACAAAUGUAUCAAAAGAACUUGCCCGAUCUUCACAACCAUGCUAAUUCCGCUAUGCUUCCAACAUACAGUCAUGUACCGCAUUGUCCUCCCCAUAUGCCUGGAAUGGGAUCAUUUCCCUAUUAUCCAAUGAACAUGUGCUUGCAACCGGGCCAAAUGCCACCACAACAUCCAUGGCCAUCAUACGGGAGCUCCUCGUCUGCUGAUGGUAAGAUGGGGAAAAUAGACCAUAGAGAGGCAGCCUUGAUGAAAUUCAGGCAGAAGAGAAAGGCGCGAUGUUUUGACAAGAAGAUUCGGUAUGUCAACCGCAAACGCCUGGCAGAUCGGAGACCUAGGGUUAGGGGACAGUUCGUUAGGAAGCCCAAUGGAGUUUUAGUGGAUCUUAAUGGACACCCAGCCUCUGCAGAUGAUGAUGAAGAGGAUGAUGAGGACGAGGACGACGAAGACCAAACAACUACUUUGGAUUCCUCACCUGAAGAUGACACUUCAAUUUCUCUACUCUGAACCGUACUCGUCCCCGUCAAUGGAGCUUUUGUAUCAGGUAUUAUUAGCGUAAUUGCACAACCCCAGACUCGACUUUGCCCCCGAUAAUGUUGUCGUUGGUUUCAUGCAAGAUCAAUUCGAGAGUUUCUCUCCCGCUUCAGUGCUAUGCUCUUCCAAUCUCAUAAAGCUUAAGAGUGAUCAAUGCACUACUCAUUUGGAGCUUAUAUGGGGAUUUGUGGAAGUUAUCAAUUGAUGGCUGUGACUUGAUUGCUUUGAAUAUGCUGUACUUUGAUCCAUAUAAAAAGAGUGUCAAGGUAAAUCUAUUUUGGUUUCAGACCAUCAUGAACAUGUAACAUUUUUUUUACGGGAAAACGCCAUACGAAUUAUGAUGAGACUGCUGUAAUAGGUUGGUUGGUUGGUUGGUUAAUCAUACAGAGUUAUUUUCAUUUUGGCCCCACAA